ACAUGCGCAGUGGUGGUGGUACGGGUUGUGGGGAGGAUCUAGGCUGCUGUUUUUUUAAAUGGAGGUGCUGGCAGUAGCAGAAGCUCGGGUAGAGGACGGAGCGACGGGAGGAGAAGGCGACGAUUCGGGCGCCAUGAGUGUGAUGUGCAAAGCGUUGCCCUCCUCGGGCCCAAGAUCCAUUUGCGACGUUUCGCACCCGUUGUCGGCCGAAGAACUGCUGUCGUCCGGACCCGACACGACAGCGGCAGCGGGGGACAAGGAUCUAACAUUGCCCAAUGGGACACCGGUGGAGACAUCAAGCCCUGCCUCUUCAUCGUCACUUCUCAAUAGACUGCAGCUAGAUGAUGAACUAGAUGGUGAAACUAGAGAUCUAUUUGUUACAGUUGAUGACCCAAAGAAACAUGUGUCUGCAAUGGAGACUUACAUCACUUACAGAGUUAGUACAAAGACCACCAGAACUGAAUUUGAUUUACCAGAAUAUGUAGUACGGCGCAGAUACCAGGAUUUUGAUUGGUUGAGGAUUAAACUGGAAGAAUCGCAGCCGACGCAUAUCAUACCACCUUUGCCAGAGAAGUUUGUAGUGAAAGGGGUUGUGGAUCGCUUUUCAGAAGACUUUGUGGAGACUAGAAGGAAGGCACUGGACAAGUUUCUGAAAAGAAUCUCUGAUCAUCCUGUUCUUUCCUUCAAUGAUCACUUUAAUUUAUUUCUUACGGCAAAGGAUUUGAAUCCUUAUAAAAAGCAAGGCCUGGCUUUUAUUGCAAAGAUGGGAGAGUCUGUAAAAUAUGUUACUGGAGGUUACAAACUAAGAAGCCGCCCUGUAGAGUUUGCUGCUGUGGGAGAUUAUUUGGAUAUGUUUUCUCAGAAGCUGGGGACAAUUGAUCGAAUUGCACAAAGGAUAGUUAAGGAACAAACGGAAUAUUUGGUGGAGCUUCGAGAAUACGGGCCUAUUUAUUUUUCCUGGUCUGAGGUGGAAGAACAACUGAACAAGCCCCUCAGUGGGGCAUCAAAUUGCAUUGGCAGCUGCUGUGUAGCCCUGGAAGAACUGUCAGAAGGCAUGUCUGAAGACUUCCUUCCUGUACUUCGCGAAUAUAUCCUCUACGUAGAAUCAAUGAAAAAUGUGCUGAGAAAAAGGGAUCAAGUGCAAGCAGAGUAUGAAGCUAAACUGGAAACUGCUGUUUACAAGAAAGAAGAAAAACAAGCAAUACCAACAGAUGUUGAAAAGUGCCAGGAUCGCGUGGAAUGCUUUAAUGCUGAUCUAAAGGCAGACUGGGAUCGGUGGCAGUGUAAUAAGAGGCAGGACUUCCGGCAUCUGUUAAUGGGAAUGGCAGACAAAAACAUCCAGUAUUAUGAGAAGUGCCUUGCAGCUUGGGAGUCUGUUAUUCCUCUUCUACAAGAGAAGCCCGAUGAUAAAAGUGAGGACCACUCGUAGCUUGUUGUUCAGCAUUGGUCACUGAUGACCAUCACUUCCCCAGCUCAGUACUGGAAUAUGGCACUUUGGGGCAGGAGAGUUGGUUGAUCUUGUGUGUGGCUCUACAUCAAUGCCAUGUUGUGCAAGGGCAUAAAACUGCAGAAGGUGUGCUCUCUGUAAUGAAGGUUUUUGUUUUGUCCAGUGUUAUCUAGCAAUUCACUUUGUGGUCUGCUGAGUGCAGUCCAUGUCUAGUACUCCAAAUGGUGAAGAAUAUAAUGUCAGCCUUUGGCUGUUGUGCUGUUUCAUAAACUGUACUUUUUUUAAAAAAAAAAGUAACAUGUAAGCGUUUUUGAUAGAUGUCUAAUGGCAUUCCAUGUAACCAACAGAGUGCAGUUGGGUAUGUGCUGGUACUUCUGUGGAUUUGGUUGUAGAGAUUUGAGUAUAUUUAUACAUUGGAAAGCCCUCAGGCUUGUUUUGGGGAUUGAGUGAUAUAGUAAAACCCCUAGACCAAUGGGAGGAAACACCUGAUACUUGAGAUUUGUCCUUUUGUAGUCUGUUAUCACUACACUAGUAAUCAACUUUAAUUUCGUAAAAUGUUUAUUCCCUUGUGCACAUUAGACCAUGACAGUAGGACACUAAUUAUUUGUGAGAUUCCAUCACCAUGCAUGUGAGACAUUUUUGAGGCCAUCAAUUGAAAAUUAACAGCAUUCCAUUUUUUAAUAUUAGGGUAAACCUAUCCAUCCUUCACUCGUGUUACUUGAGGGUAUAGUGUCUUCUAUUUUCACUCUGUACAGUUUCUAAUCCUUGAUAUGUUAUUUUUCACAUUCGUUGUCAUGUUUGAUAUUUCCAGAUCACCUGAAAUAAUUGAUAUUUUUACGGGAAAGGAAAUAAAGUCACUUAAUUUUUUUCCUCCUGUUGAUUAGACCUGCUUGUAUCUUACUUGAGUGACUAUUGCAGAUAAAGGCAGAGGUAUUCUUAUCAGAUAACCCAGGGAGCAAAUAAUUGAAUUAAUUAUGGGUAUACAAAAGUGCCUUUGUUGCAUGAGAAAUUUGCUUAUACAAAAUUUAUCUGUCUGAAUAUUAAGCAACCCCAGGCUUCAAUGUACUAAACUAUAAAGUGAGGGGAAAACUGGCCAAAUUGCAUGAUUUGCACAUUGCCUUCAUGCCUUCUGUAAUGGAAUCACUGCACUCAAUGAUUUUUUUUUCAGUUUCUCCUGAAAUGAACGUUGAUAGAUCACUAAACAAUGUACAAUUUUUUAAAAGUGCUACUGUGUUCCAUUAACUCAUUUUUUGAUAAAAGAGAAAUCUGGUUGUAGUUUUUGCAUCUACAAUGCUGUUUCAUGCUCAUUUAGGUGUUCUGUAUUAGAUACUUAAGGUCUUCUAACUGAAUUGCUAUUUGAAGGAGAAUUUCAUUAAAUGUGGACUGCUUUGAAAAUAAGGGUCUGGUUAAAGAACGAGAUUUUCAUUUUUAUAUUUUCAUCCAUGGUAAUUUCCAAGAGAAUUCUAUGUAGCAUUGGGAUAUUUUGCCUAUCUACUCACUCAUUUCUGUGCAGCUCCUUAUUGUGAGCAGUUUAAUAUGUGAAACUAAAAACAAAGCUCUUUGAAGAGUGGGUGUGAAAUUUGGAUUUGAUUGAAAUUUGCUGUACACUUGAAAUCAAUGUUCUCUGUUAAUUAUCUUGUUCGAAAUGCUAUCUUCAAAGUUGGAGGACAGGCCUUUAUUGAGUGGGGGUGGGGGAAAGCGUUUUUUAAAAAGUUCAGAAAAAGCACUUUUCGGUCAGAAGAGUAAUAGCAGAAUGUUCUUAAAUGAUCAUUAUUUUAUCACACCAGUGAGAUGCCUCAAUGUACACUAAUCUUGCAAAUACUUUCAUGUUCUCGGCUUGUAAAUGGAUCAUUUGGCUAUGCUAUAAUUUAUUGCUAUUUGUAUGCAGUGAUUUGCUUAAGUGCCAAAACUUUAUUCCAUUUUCACAGAUACUUAAUGUUUUCAAUGGAGAAACAAAAGUGAAUGAUUUAAGUCAAAUGAUCAGACUUGCAGCAAGUUAGUGUGGAGCAAAUGAACCAUUGGAAACUCAUGGCAUAGGCAAGUAGCAGUGUAAUUGGUGUUCAGGGUCAUUUGUUGGUUUUACUUAGUUGUAUGAGAAAAGUAAUAUCAGUGCUACUGUUAUAGCUGUAAUGGCUUUCACUUGUGCUUACAAAGGUAUAGAUAAUCCAGAGCAAUAUUCUAAUGUAAAGUUUCAUUUGGCAGGCUUGGGUUUGGGUACAAUUACCAUAUCCAGCACAGUGUAAUAGUGAUGGUCAAUUUCAUUACUUAAAUUAACAAUGAAAUGAACUAAUCAAAUGUUUGUGUCUCCACUAUUUGCUAAUUGGAAUAAAUAUAUUAAUACCCUUUAGGGAAUAGACGUGCCUAAUUUAGUUAAAUGGAACUCCGUUGAAGGAUUGCAGUUUUGCAAGGUACUAGAUUCUAGAAGUGAGACAUUGAAAGUUUUGUUCCCUUGUUUUGCCGGUGGAUCUUGGGGUAAAUUCAAUUGUAAUCCUCAAUUGUUUGAGGUUGUGCUUUUGUUUACUGUGAACUGUAAACCAUGAAACAUUUGAUAAAUCAUGAAGGAGUUAAUAGUUAUUAAAAUGAAUGUGGACUAUUUAAUUUGGUACAACUUUCCCCUGCAAGUUUGGUGCUAUUGCCAACAUUGUAAUCUUAUUUGUACCUAUGAAUCUUUUUUUGAACACUAUUGAAUAAAGUUUUGGGUCAAGUAUUUGCCUUUAAAUUAUGUAUUAUUGUUAUGCAGGAAUAAGUACAUUUCUGGUGUACACUCACUAAUUCUGUCAACCCUUUCUUAAUCUAUGAGGAAGAAAACUAAGCAUUCCAAAAAUAAUUUUGUUUCAUUAAAUGGGCAGCACUUUCUAAUGUAAUUUAUGGAAUCAAAUUUAUUUUAGAUGGGUUGUGAGCCUGACAAAGAGUUCUGUUAAGCAGUGGAUAAUAAACCAAUUUCUUGCUGGCAGGCACAGUUGUGAUUUUGGUAGAGUUUAGCACUAUUUAAUGUCUCAUCAGUACUUGUACUGAACUUGUGAAACAUUAAAGCUAUGUUAUCUCCCAUGUUAAAAGGUUGUGGUGAAUGAGCACUGAAGAUUUGUAUUCAAAAGCAAAAGUAAUAGUAAUACUAAGGUAUCAAGAGCAACAGUCUGCUGAAAGAACUUUUGGAUUGAACCCUUUCUUCCUAUGAAUGCUGCAUGACCUACUCAUUUUCCAGCAGGUUGCUUUUUGCUCCAUAUUUUGAUAUCUGCAGUCCUUUAUCUCCACUGAGCUAUCAGUGUAAUCUGAAAAUUUCCAAGUCUUUUUUCAGUUUGGGCAAGAACCAGCCACUCCGCACCAAGGAUAAGGUGGGGGAUUCCUGCAUUGGUUUCCCUUUUCGGCAUGGGGUAGAUGUGAUGUUAGAUCCCUAAUGUGCUCUUCCUAAAUUCCAGUUAUACCUAAGAUACAAUAAAACUUUUUUUCAUUCGUAGAAUCAAUUUUCCUUUAACUUCUAAGAGUGGUAAUUGAAUAUUUUGCUUGUAAGCCUGGAAUCCAGUAAGUAUGAGGAAGUUGAGUUUACAAGAAUGGAAUAGAGACAAAUUCAAUAAGAGGCACAAUCAACAAAGUAAAACUUAUGAGGAACUAAUACAGCAAUUUUAAUAAUGGAGAAAUUAUAUCUGGUUUAGCGCUAGGCACUGAUUCUAUCCCAUUUAUUUUUAGGUUUUCAAGCAGAUUUUCGUUGAACUGGUAAAAUUCUAGUUUUAUCCUUUCUAUUUUGUAAAGAUAGUUUGUGAUCAGAGUUCAACAAAGCUGGUUAAUUGUAGAUUUGUUAAAAGAAUGCAAAUUCUAUUUUCAAGAUUGUUUAAUAGUUCCUGUAUGCAUUUGCAAAGGAGAAUUAAAUACUUGUUACUUCAGAUCCGAUGGAGCUUUUUUAAAAAAAAGAACCCAAUAAUGUUCAAAAACAAUUAUAAAUACAUAAGAUAGCUGGUAUACAUUGUAUGUCCAUAGUGGUGCUAGGGACAUAAGUAUCUGUACAUAAGUGACUUAUCAGUAAAUAAAGAAGUGGUGGUUGGGGGCAGUGGGUUAGUGGGUGGAGAUGUUGAUCAACCUUACUGCUUGGGGAAAGUAACUUUUUGUGUCUGGUGGUCCUGGUAUGAAUGUGACAUAGCCUCAUUAGAGUGGGGAAAGCAGGUUGAGUGGGAGCCUUCAUGAUGUUACUGGCCCUUUACAGCACCUUUCUGUACAUGUCCUUGCUGGCGGGUAGGUUGAUGCUGGUGAUGCAUUGAGCAGUUUUGACUACCUGUUGUAGAGCCUUCCUUUCUGACGCAGCAUAGUUUCCUUGCCAAGCAGUAAUGCUUGUUUGGAUGCCCCUUACUGUGCAUCUGCAGAAAGACACUCUUGUGUCCCAAUAGUCCAGCUCUCUUCAGCCUUUUCAAAGUAGAAACAUUGCUGAUCUUUCAUGACUGUGCAGAAUGUGUUUUGAGACUAUGAGAGUUUGUGUCAAAUGUGUACUCCCAGGAGUUUAAAGCUGCUUGCAGUUUCCAUUGCUAUGCCACCAAGUUCUCCUGAAGUCGAUAACCAUCUCCUUCGUCUUGUUGACAUUGAGAAGUCAGACUCACUGUUGGUGAUGAACCCCACCACUGUCAUGUUAUCAAUGAAUUUGAUAGUGUGAAUACUUGGGUGUUAGUCCAAGUGGUCUUGGGUGAGCAGAGUGUACAGCAAUGGGCUCAGUACACAGCCCAGGGGGCACCAGUGUUAAAGGAUGAUGGAGAGAGAGGAAAGGUUGUGCAUCCUGAAUAUCUCAUCUCGUUAGGAAGUCCAACACCAUAGCAGUGGUAUAUUUAGACUGAGGAGUAGGAGUUUAUUCACCAGUCUGUGGGCAAUAUUUUGAAUGUCAAACUGAAAUCCAGAAACAGCAUUCUGGUGUCCUCAUUUUCUAGGUGUGUCAGGGCCAGGUGCAUUCUUUCAUAGAGUGGUUCUGUUGUUGAGUGUACGAUGUGGUAGGAAUGGAGGUUUUGAUUUUUUGAUAUGUGCUAUUAUCAACCAUUCAAAGCACUUGAUUGGUGUUAGUGCCACUGGGCAGCGUUCAUUUAGACCACGAGGCCAUUGGAGAUAGAAUCAGAAUUAGGCCAUUAUUACACAUAUCUUCCACAACACUGUCCUCUUGUGUUGCCAAACAUUACUAAUAUUUAGACCAUAAGACAUGAGAGCAGAAUUAGUCCAUUUGUCCCAUCUAGUUGACUUACAUGGUCUAAUCCAUCUCCAUCCUCUCUCUCUAACCUUUCAUGUUCUGACAUCAAAAAUACACUCAAUGACCUUGCCUCCAUAGUAGCCUGUGGCAACGAAUUCCAUAGAUUCACGACCCUCCUCUCCGUUCCAAAUGGACGUCGCUCUAUUCAAGGGGUUCCCAGUCUGGGGUCCAUGGGCCCCUCGGUUAAUGGUAGGGGUCUAUGGCAUGAAAAGUUUGGGAACUUCUGCUCUAUUCUGUGGCUAUGCCCCCUGGUCCUAGACUCCCCCACCAAAGGGAAUAUCUUCUCUGCAUCCACUUUGAAGGUUUAGAGCUCUUUGGUAAAGAAAUAGUGGCUGAUUUGUAGCAGCCUGGAUGACAGAAGUGUUGAUGGUCUCUUUGAAGAUGUCUGUGAGCUGAUGCACACACUUGGAGUACCCUACCUGAUUUGUUGUCUGGCCCGGUUGCGUUACUGGGGAAGACUUUCUGCAGAGUCGUUUUCAUGUCUGCUGACCUGGGAGGGUGUAGCUUUUGUUGUUGGUGUUGUAUUGCAUGCCUCAAAGUGUGCAUAAAAGUUGUUUAGAGCGACAGGGAGGGAGGUGUCACUGGUACAGUUGAUGUUUUUCCUUGCAUAGGUUGUUCAUUCACAAAUGGUUCUUGGACUUGAACUUCAUUAAUUAGGAGGAAAAACUUGUUGCUAUGGCAGCAUGACCCAAAGAGUUGUUUGCAUAUAAUGAAGUGUUUCUGCAGUGUAGAAAAUAGAAUAUAACAGACUUCUAUAAAUAGUGUUAUUGAACAGAUCAGCUAUUUUUAGUAAACUUUAUGAAAGAUAUGUUCUAUCUUGGCCAGGAAACCAAAGCUAAUAUCCAUUGAUACUUUAACAUAUUAGUGCUGGAGAAUCAACUUGAUAGUUUAACUAAAAGUGAAGCACCUGAUUGUUCAUUGACUUAGUUUUGUGGUCCCCGAUUUUAAAUCUCCUUACUUUUUUUGCAUUUGUGAUACGUGGGCUACCUCCUUUAGGAAGUUGAGGCUGUCAUUAAGAAUGCAGCCACCUUGUGCUUGGGACAAUUAAUAUGCCAAGUUUUUUGGAAUCUGUGAUUUUUGUUUUUACAUUUUUAAUUUUUUUGUGUGGUUGAUUGUGCUGAACUUGCCAAGGUUGUGGGAAACUAGUAGCCUAGAAUUUUCGUUUUGUGUCUAGAAUGCCUGAUACUGUAUAAGUGUUGUGAACUAAACCAUAAUAUUGAAAUUUGAUAACAUUGUAUGAAAUUGUUUAUGUAAAUAUUAUUUUCCCACUUUUCAAUCCUAGUGUUAUGAAAAGGAAAUGGUGUUUAACACAUUUAUUAGAAGAUGAAGCAGUCAAGGGAGAUUAUGAAAGCUUGAAACAGUAUUGUAAUAUUUGCAAAGUACAAUUUACAUUUCCAUUGGCAAGAUGAGGUUAAUGGUGUGAACAUGGGGAAAAAGGACCCGGUUAACUAUCAGAAGGUGGCGAGUAAACAUAAAUUGAUAAUGUUCGUGAUGACAACUAAAAGGAUGCCGGUGGAUCAGUGCUGACGACUGCUGUUUGAGGAAAUUAGGUCUUUGGUUUUGGUAGAAUAGAACUCAGAAUUUUAUUGAAGUAUUGUGAGACUUAAGGUUAGCAUUCAGAUACAUCAAAUUAGGAAGGCAAACAAAAUAGACCUUUAUUGCAAAGAGUACAUGAUACAAAUAAGUUUUGCUACAACAGUACAGAGCUUUCAGAACAAUACAUGCAGUCAAUCAGAUGCUGAAACUUCAGGGUUCACUUAUUAACAAACACUAAGUUGAUGUUACCUGUGGACAUGCUAACGGUGUACUCGCAAGGUCCUGUCUAUGACUGCAGGUGUGGGCCAGAUGUGGAGUUAUGAUCAAGAACACUAUGUAUGGAUUUUAGCCAGGCCUUGGAGUAAAUGAAGCAGUCUGAAAUUUGCCUGGUUCUUUUUCCUGGGCUCCUGUUUAAAUUCACUGGGUGCCUGUUUACCCACCAAGGCUAAGCUUCCUACUCACUGGAAUUGUUUAUUUCUUUUAAACAAACAUGUUACAAGGUAAUAUAUACAUGUUGCAAAUAUCCAGUUUAGCAACUGGAAAUGUGCUAAUCUAGUACCACUGACAUCCCCAGGAAGCUGAUUAUUUGAGUUUUCCUCCAUUGGGCGUGGAAUGCAAAGAAAGUAGACCAGAUGAGAGGGUGUUUUUUUUUAAGGAAAGAAUUAGCAGAAAGGCUGGAGUCCCUGGAAUUCAGAUAAAUAAUGAAUCUAUUACCUUCUUUAAAUACUUGUGGAUGGUAGGCCAUUGAGCAUUUUCCCAGUUGAUUUAAAAUGUUCUUGGCAAUAGGAAUCUCUGCAGUUAAAGCCAAAGCUGAGAUGUGCUAGGAUUCUGUUGGAUGAUAUCACAGGCCAUUGGGGUUUCUCCUUGUUUCUUUGGUUAUGAAUUGCUACUGGCUGACUGCUAUCAUUAUCAGUUAUUCUUAAUGCAUACUUGGUUUCGAUGAUCUAAGCACAAAGUAGCAGUAUAUCAGUCAAGGAAAAAUAAUGGAAAUAACUUGAUGGUUAAAAGAAACAUUGAAGAUUUGUCUCUUUUUUUUAAUGCAGUGACCAGUAGAAGUUAAUGAUUGUAUAGUUCUAAAAUAGGCUUUAUUUUCACUGAAGAGGUAAUGAUUGCAGAAAGAACAUUUUCUAUAUCUGUAAAUGUCAACUACAAUAUUGAGCUUCUGGCAAUUUUUCUAGAUCUUUUUUUGUAAAGGAUUGGCAAUUCAAGGUUGCAAAAUACUGCCAUCUUUUGUAAUUGGUAACUAAUGUAAAAUUGAAAUCUAUGUAAAUCAUUUACUCGAUGUGUGGUUUUCUCAGUGCAUGAUUGUCUGCAGUGAAAGCUUUUAACAAGUGUACAGGCUUGGCUGAAUGUGCAAUGUGUCUAUAUUGCAUCAUAGGAAAUUUGAUCCUCCAUGUACAUUGGUUAACAAUUGGAUUUGUGUGAAAAUGUGUACUGUAUAAACUUUAAGUGAUCAUGGCUAAACUAUAUGAACUGUAUAAUUUUGAUAUUGCAUUUCUUUACCUCAAUUGAUUUUAAAUACUUUGACUAAUAAAAAUUAAUGUAUUUAAAAACAACAUGGUACCAUUUUCUAAUUUAAUUCACAAGGAUUUGAAAUGUGACUUUUUUUUAAUUCACCCACUUACGGAAUAUGCCUAUUGCUGGUAAGGGCUCUAUUUAUUGUUAAGUUAAUGUCAUUCCAGAAUGCAGAUGAAAUUUUACUCCACUGAUGUGGUUCUGGAAUUAUACCUGGUGUAACUGGUUAAGUGUGGUAUUUUUUUUACUUGAUUGGUUUAUAUAGGAAUCUAAUAUUUUUAAUCAUUAUACCAGGUACUAGCUCUCCAGAUUUAAAUUCCUUACCAUGAAAGUGUCAUUUUAAUUUUAAUUAGGUUAUUAAUUUAGGCCUUUGAAUUACUCUAGAAUAUAAAGUAAAUUCACUCCCUAUAAUGAAGACCUAUCAUUUGUGAAAACUUUUCAGUCUUGAUGCCCUAUACAGUUCAGCAAUUAAUUAUUUGCAAUAGAUAAUUAAUGGGCAAUUCCUAUGUGUUCCCUGUUUUGUAAAUGUGAGACUUUAAUGUGGAGGAGUUGUCCUGCUUUGAGUUGGGAGAAUUUGUGUCCUACCACCAGAGUUGAUCACGAGUGACUUUUCAAGCAUGAUGGUAAUGGAGAAAAGGGAUGUAAUUAAAGCGUUAUUUGGGGUGGCCUGUUUUUUAAAAGCAAAUGACUGGCAAAAGUCUGCAACAUUGUCUAACAUUCUUAGGGAGAGUUAAAACUAAUUUGGCAGUGGAUGGGGAAAUGGUAAUGGGAUGAGAUGCAGUGCAACAGGGGAACAAAACUGAAAAAAGGUGAUACCAUCUGAAGAUAUUGUAUUCGAAUACAUGCAAUGUACAGAAUAAGGUAGGUCUUGUAGAGCAGUUAGUGAUUGUUGGGUAUGACGUUGUGGACAUCACUGAGUUGUGACUGAAAAGAGAUUGUUGGGAGCUUAGCAGAGUUUAAGCUUAACAGCUUAACUUCACUUUGCAUUGAAAGGGCAGGUAGGCAGAGGGAAUGGACUGACUUUGUUGGAUUUAAAAAAUGAAAUUAAAUCCUUAGAAAGGGGUGACAUUGGACUGGAAGAUGAAGGUUUGUUGGUAGAGUUGAGAAAUAGCAAGGGUAAAAAAUAGUCUGAUAGGAGCUGUAUACAGAGCUCUGAACAGUAGCCAGAAUGUGGGCGGUUAUGAAUGUACAGCAACUCUGAGGGUACAAAGUCGCCCUCUCCUUUUCGAGAAUCACAAGAUCGCUAUUAAUUCGGGUCUGGGACCCAGGAAAUGAGAGAGACGUCCAGAAUCCACAAGAUUUGAAAUGUGUCCUGGCCUCAGCGAAACGGAACCACUGAUAACGGCUAUUGUCUCUUGGAGACAGAAUUGUGUAUUGAGUACUGUACUAUUCAUUGAAAUCCCUCAGGGGACAACCAGAGUGGGCUGGUUGAGGGAUUGCAUCAUCCCAACCUGAUUGACAUCUGAGACCCCGUGAGUAAGGAUAAAAGAGGGUCUGGGGAACAACCCCUUUAGAUGCUCCAGGAGAAACGCUAGAGAUCCCGUGACAGCGUUUAAUAGCAACAGCUGAUGGGGGGCUCAUGUGCGUCCUCCUUUGACUGGGUUGGCGGGCUCACCACGGAAGAACGGCUUAGCUAAAGGAAAGGCCACAAGUGAACGGCCACACCAAAGAGACUCCGAUGGAUCAAAAUCAUAAACGGAAAAGCCGGCAAGUUUUUCUCCAAAUCUCUCUCUCUCCACCCAUUGCCACACAGCGGUCCCCAAAGGCUGCAGCCUGCAUGAACUGAGUGAACUUUAUAGUUCCAUCGGACAAUACAUUAUCCCCUAGACAACGAUAGGGCUUAUUUCUUAUUGAUUAUUAUUAUACCCGCACUUUUAGAUAUAGUAUUGACGAUGUAUAUUAUCUGUAAUUUGCAUUGAUAUUAUUUUUGUGUAAUUUUACUAAUAAAUACUGUUUAAAAAUAGUAUCAUCAGACUUCAACGGACGUCUCCAUCUUUGCUGGUAAGUGACCCAGUUACGGGGUUCGUAACAGGGCUACAAAUUAUAAUAGGUGAUAGAAAAUGCAUGCCAAUAGGGCAAAGUUACAAUUGUCAUGGGAGAUUUCAAUAUGCAGUUAGAUUGGGGAAAAUCAGGUUGGUGCUGGAUCUCGAGGGGGAAUUUGUAGAAAGCCUAUGAGAUGGCAUUUUAGAGCAGCUGUUGAUUUAGCCCACAAUGGGAUCAGCUAUUCUGGAUUGAGUUGUGUAAUGAUCUGGAUUAAGGAGUUUAAGUAAAGGAACCUGUAGGAGAGAAUGAUCAUAAUAUGAUAGAUUUUUGCCCUGCAUUUAGAGGGUGAGGAGCUAACGUCAAAUGUAUUUGUAUUACAGUGGAACAAUGGGAAUUUGUACAGGCAUGAGAGAGAAGCUGGCCAAGUUGAUUGGAAGGGGACACUAACAGAGAUGACAGCAGAGCAACAGUGGCUGGAGUUUCUGGGAACAAUUCGGAAUGCACAAGAUAGACAGAUGCAUCCCAAAGAAGUAGUAGUACUCUAAAGGCAGGAUGACAUAACCGUGGUUGACAAAGGAAGUCAAAGCCAACAUAAAAACAAAAGGAAGGGCAUAUGACGGAGCAAAAAUGAAUGGGAAGUUAAAGGAUUGGGAAGCUUUUAAAAACCAAUAGAAGGCAAAUUUUUAAAAAAAUUCCCAUGAGAAGGGAAAAGAAAUAUGAGUUCUGUACCCACUAUGAUAUCAAGCUCUGCUUCCAUCUCCAAGUGCACUUCUUUGACAAGGAUCCCACACCCCGCACUGACGAACCCUGCUCUCAUUUCCAACUCUCUCCUUUUCUUGGACACUCCUUUCUGGUUCUAUGCCUGCUCUGAGUCUUUCCAUAUCUAAUUGCUGAUGACUGAUUUCAACAUUUCUUUCUCCUCCAACCUGACCCAUUCAGAACACUGCCCUGCACCCCCUCUGCACCAAUCCCAGCCUUACCAUCAAAGCUGAAGAUGAAGGGGAUGCUAUUGUUGUGUGGCACACUGACCUCUACCUUGUUAAGGCCAGGUGACAACUCUCGGUCACCUUGUCAUGCUUACCCCUUAAGAAACACAUUCCAUAUCAUCAGAAAACUGUCUCCGAAACUGUUAUUGUUCUCAGUCACUCUGGAGAACUCCCAACGACUGUCACCAAACUUGUAGUUCCCUUACCCUGUUUUGCUGACUUCUAUCUCCUACCCAAGAGCCACAAACCAGACUGUCUGGCUAGUGUAUUGUCUCAGCCUGCUCCUGCCCUACCGAUCUCGUGACCUUGUAUCUUGAUUCCAUUCUGUCCCCCUUUGCCCAGUCCUUUCCCACCUCCCUCCAUGACUCUUAUUCAAUCUCCUCAGUAACGUUCAAUUCCCUGGCCCUGACAGCCUCAUCUUCACGAAUGUUCAGUCCCUCUACACUUCUAUCCCCCAUCAGGAAGGCCUCAAAGCCCUUUGCUUUUUUGACAUAAGAAUCAAUCAAUCCCCCCUCUACCUCCACUCUCUCCUGUCUGGCAGAACUGGUUCUCAACCUGAACAAUUUUUCCUUUGGCUUCUCCCACCUUCUCCAAACCAGAAGGUAGGCACGGGCCCAAACUAUGCCUGCCUUUCAUUGGCUAUGUAGAAAAGUCGAUGUUCGAAGCCUUCCCUGGUUAUACUCCCCAAGUUGUCUUCCACUACACUGAUGACAGCAUUGGUGCUGCUUCAUGCUAAGUUUGCCAAUUUAAUCAAUUUUGCUUCUAACCUCCACCCUGCCCUUAAAUUCACUUGGCCAUCUCUGAUACCUCCCUCCCCUUUCUUGAUCUCCCUGUCUCUAUCUCUGGAGACAAACUGUCAACUGACAUCUUUUGUAAACCUACUGAUUCCCAUAGUUAUUUGGGCUAUACCUCUUCCCAUCCUAUCUCCUGUUUUUGUUUUAAAUGCUUUUCCCUUUUCUCAGUUCCUUCACUUGUGCUGCACCUGUUCUCAGGAUUUCCAUUCCUGGACAUCAGAGAUGUUGUCCUCUUUCAAAUGAUGGGGUUUCGCUCUCUACUAUUGAUGCUGACUUCACCCACAUCUCCAUUUCCUGUACAUUGGCACUCACCCCAUCUUCUCUCCAUCAUAAUAGUCCUUGCCUCCAUACGCAACACACUCUGCAACCUCCGCCAUCUCCAAAGGGACCUUAGCACUAAACAUACUUUACCUCCCACAACCCCCACCAGUUUUCUGCAGAGAUCACGCCCUUGGAGGUUCCUUUGCCCACUUGUACAUCCCCACUCAUCUCCCUCCAGGCACUUGUCCCAGCAAAUGGCUUAAGUGCUACACCAUACACCAUCUCCCUCGCCUCCAUUCGGGGCCCCAAACAGUCCUUCCAGCUGUGACAACACUUCACCUGCGAAUUUGCUGGGGUUGUCUACUGUGUCCAGUGUUCCCAAUUCAGCCUCCUCCUGUUGUAAAUUGGGAGACCACUUCAUCAAGCACCUCUGCAUUAUCUACCACAAGCGGGACUUCCUGGUGGCCAAAUAUAUUAAUUCCAAUUCCCAUUCCUGUUCUAAUAUGUCAAUCCAUGGCCGCCUGUUGUGCCAAAAUGAAGCCAACCACAGGGUAGAGGAGUAACACCUUGUAUUCCAUCUGGGUACUUUCCAGCCUGACAGUAGGAAUAUAUAUAUUUUUUCUGUCCUUGAAAACACAAUUCCCCACUUCCUCGAUUCUCCACUCUGAGCUUUUACUAUUUCCCACCUGGCUAUUACUUCCCCCUGGGUCCCCUCAACUCUCCCUUUCUCCUCACCUACCAGAAUGUUUCUUCUCCAGCCCUUAACCUUUCCCACCCACCUGGCUUCACCUAUCAUCUUCUAGCUAACCUCUUUCCCCUCCCCAACUUUUAAAUUCAGGCAUCUCUUCCCCACUUCCCCUUUAUUCCUGAAGAAAGGUCUCAGCCCAAAAUGUCAGCUGUUUACACUUUUCCACAGAUGCUGUCUGACUGGCUGAGUUCCUCCAGCAUUUUGUGUGUGUUGCUUUAAAUAUGAAGGUAGGCUAACAAAUAAUGAGAAAGGGAUACACACAUGAGGCUGCUUAGCAAGAUCAGAACCCAUAGCGUGGAAAGCUACUAGCAUUGGCUGAUUGGCAGGAAGCAGAGUGUGGGAAUAAAGGGAGCCUUUUCUGAUUGGCUGCCAGUGCUGAGUGGCAUUCAGCAGGAGUUUGUAUUGGGACUGCUUUUUGUGUUGUAUGUCAGUGAUUUGGUUCAAAGGUACAAUUUAAUGUCAGAUGUAUACAAUAUACAUUCUGAAAUGAUUUUUUUCUUCACAACCAUC